CGGAACUUGGAAUUUGUUUUAAGUAGUACCUGAUCGUCGCGGUCUGGACUCAACUUUCCCCCCCUCCUCCGUUAUGGACUUCACCAUUGCAUGCUGCCCGCCACUGCUCCUCUCAUCCUACGGAGUACCCAUCUCACCAUGGGUGCUGCGAAAGCAUCGCGCUUGCAUUGGACAAUUCCUCCUACCUUUCUAAUUGCCCUGGGCGGCGGGGUACUCUACGUCGCCGGUGGUCGAUACCUCCCAAAUAAGCAACUGCUGCUGCAGGCCGAGCCGAGAGCCCUCUUUUCUACCACUUCUUCCGUCUUCGCGGACAAAGAUUCGAAAAAGACCUCACUCAGCGACUACUUGCCAGGGCAUGGCUCGAGACAAGACGCGCAUCAUGACGAUGCGGGGUCGGUUUGGACCAACAUCUUGGGGAAGUUCGAGGGCGUCAAGCUAUCAGUGGGCACCCCGGACUGGAUUGAGCUAGAGAACCUCAAAAAUUACAUUAUUCCCGAUUGGACCCGUUUGCUACCUGCAUCGGUGCAGAAGCUCCAGCGGGAACUAUCAAUGGCCCCUGGUUCCCUUGCCGACGAGAUCUGGAAGGAAGCUCAUGAUCCGGAUAUCAACCCUGAGAUUCUACGAAAGGCAAGAGUCCGGGUCGGGGAUACUCUGUGUGAUGAAGAACUGAUGUACAGGGAAAGACGACGAAAGUACGCCGUAAUAGCCCUUGCGUCCUAUCUCAACAUCAACGAAGAGGAUAUUCAUCCCGACGAUGUCCCUACCAUAGCUAUGUGUGGCUCGGGGGGAGGUCUACGUGCGCUUGUCGCCGGCACAGGCUCGUAUCUCGCGGCCCAAGAAGCCGGGCUCUGGGACUGCGUGACCUACACCGCAGGAGUGAGCGGAAGCUGCUGGCUACAAACAUUGUACCAUUCGUCUAUCACGGGGCGUAACUUCAACAAGCAGGUCGAUCACCUGAAAAAUAGGCUGGGAAUCCACUUAGCGUUUCCUCCGGCAGCACUUAAGCUGCUCACUACCGCACCCACCAACAAAUAUCUGCUGAGCGGAUUGGUCGAGAAGCUCAAGGGCGAUCCCGGCGCCGACUUCGGCCUGGUCGACAUAUACGGCAUGCUAUUGGCUGCAAGAUUGUUAGUACCCAAGGGCGAACUGGGGGUUUGUGAUCGAGACCUCAAGCUCUCCAAUCAAAGGUACAAUCUCACCAAUGGAGCGCAUCCACUUCCUAUCUACACUGCCGUCCGCCAUGAGAUUCCCACAGUCGAGAUCAAGAAUGAAGACGGCAAACAGCCCAAGCCUGAGGAUGUCAUCAAAGAAUCGAAAAACGAAGCUUGGUUCCAAUGGUUCGAGUUCACGCCGUACGAGUUCUUCUGCGAGGAACUCGGUGCCGGCAUACCGACCUGGGCAUUGGGAAGACACUUCUACGGUGGAGCCAACGUCAAGCGUGAACAAAUAUCCCCCAUCCCCGAACUCCGCGUGCCGGGUCUCAUGGGUAUCUGGGGUAGCGCUUUCUGUGCCACUCUAUCUCACUAUUACAAAGAGAUCCGACCCGUGGUGAGGGGCAUUACUGGAUUCGGCGGCAUCGAUUCCUUGAUUCAGGGCAAGACGAAGGACCUGAUCCGGGUCCACCCCAUUGACCCAGCCGCGAUCCCGAACUACGUCCUAGGAAUGAAGGACCUCUUGCCCGCUUCAUGUCCGGACUCGAUCUUUCAGAGCAAGCAUCUCCGUCUCAUGGAUGCAGGCAUGAGCAACAACCUUCCCAUCUACCCGUUGCUCCGACCUGGUCGGGACGUGGACGUGAUCAUUGCCUUCGACGCCUCAGCCGACAUCAAGCGCGAGAACUGGCUCUCCGUCGUAGACGGCUACGCUCGCCAACGAGGCAUCAAGGGCUGGCCGAUCGGAGCCGGCUGGCCGCGCGAAAGCGAAGAACCCAAGAUCACCGAGGAGACUCUCCGCGAGCCGCAAAACAUCUCCGAGGAUGAGAUCAACAAGAGGAUGAACGCCGCGAAAGACAAGACUUCCCCGCCCUCUUCUUCUCCUUCAUCUUCAACGUCCCCAUCGGAUAACACCCAACGGGGGAUGACGCAGGGCGAAGACCCCACCGCCACGAACCCGACGCCCAGCCAAAGCACCGACCUGGACUACUGCAACGUCUGGGUCGGCACGAAACAAGAGAUGGUCUCCGAUCGCGAGCCCCCGCCGUCGAAACGGCUCUUCCAGCCCCGCCGCCACACGAGCAACGACAAGGAAAACGACCACUCCGAUUCCGACUUCCACCUCAUGCGACCCGAUGCAGGCAUCGCCGUCGUCUACUUCCCCCUCCUCCCCAACCCAUCCGCCCCGAACCUCCCGUCUUCCUCCGCGCUGAACCCAUCCCGCUCCCCGACCCGCCACUCGGAAAGCACCACCUCGAAAAAGGUCUCCGACCCCGCCAAGCCGCUCACUCCGUACCCGGGCUCCAUCAACCCGGACGUCGACGACUUCCUCUCCACCUGGAACUUCGUCUACACGCCCGAGCAGAUCGACUCCGUCGUCGGCCUGGCCAAGGCCAACUUCGCCCAGGGCGAAGACCAGGUCAAGCGCGUGGUCCGGGCGGUGUACGAGCGCAAGAAAUCCGAUCGGUUACGGCGCGAGGAGCAGGAGCAUCGUCAGCGGCUGGCCGGGUUUGUUCCCAUCUAGAGAUUUCUUCCCCCCCCAGAGCAUCAACCAAAUCACUUUCCUUGGUGUAUGAUGUCGUCAGCAUAAAUGAUAAGGAAAAGAUCCCCCCCCUUACAACAGGCGUACAAGCUUGGAGUUUGCGCAUCACUCAUGGAUAACGGGUUGUUUAUUGUCACGGUACAGUAGGGUAGGAGCUGCAUAUACUGCUAAGUACCAAGCACACUUGUUCUUGAUUUCUUAUCUACCUCGCGAUUUAUUUCUUGAUUCCCUAUGCCAGGCAGACUAUCUUUUGGAUCUGCACGUGUACAGUACAUAAGCUGCAUUGUAAUCUAGCUUAGAUAUCCUUCUUCCAUAUCCGUGUCUUUGUUCUUGCUGUGUAUGUAUACAAGCCAGACGCCGGGGGGAGGGGCGGUUGAUUUCACCAAGCUUUCAAUAUACGAACCGAAUU